AUGAUGAAUUAUCUCCAUGACGCCAGCCUAACAAAGUCGGUCAAUAGUAUGGUCUCGGCCAGAUUCUCUGAACUUUUGACGACGUCGCAUUCCAGCGAGACGGACCCUGUAAUUGUAGAAGGAACAGGUGAAGGGGACUCAUCGUUAUACUUUGUCGCCUUCCAUCAACGUGAUAUCGUUAGACUGGCUAUAUUCAUAGACCUACCCUCUGCAUGGUUAUUCUACGAAGCUGUUUCAAACGAUUGGGCUAAGGUACUCAUCGAUAAGACUAAAUUCCAGCCAUCGACUGCGGCGGACUAUGGGGCCACGAAUUAUAUCAGACGUUGCAAGGACGAUGCCAAUGUCAGAGAUCCAACCCCGUUGUGUGAUGUGCCUUACGCCGUCGCCUUCCACGAAAACACGAACGUCAGAAUGGCCGUAAUGACUGAUCUACCCUCUGCUCGAGCCUUUUACAACGCCAUUUCAAAAAAUUGGGCCAAAGUACUCAUGGAUAGGAGUAAAUUCCGGCCGCCAGCGACAGUGGCAUUUCACGGAGUUGGCAAGUUUGUUGAGCAGUGUACGACCGAGAUCUUCAACGAUAAUGACAGGACUCCGUUGAUAUACGCACCUCUUGUUGUUGCAUUUCAUCAGGUCGAUGCGGUCCAUGCAGCAUUCUUUCCCGCGGAACGCCAGCACUCAGCUGAGGCCUUUUACGACGCUGUCCCUCAAGAUAAAGCUAAGGUAUUAUUAGAUAGAAGUCAAAUCGAGCCGCUAACUCUCGCCGUACAUGGAGGCCGUAAUUUCGUCAGACAAUGUGAAAGCGAAGUUCAUAGAUCACAAAGUUUCGCGCCCUUUAACUUUACUGGGUCACCCUACUUCAUCGCUUUUCAUCAGAACGACGCUGUAAAAGUGGCUGCAUGUGUUGAUGAGGACAGUGCCUCCGCCUUUUAUCAUUCUAUCUCCAAAGAGUGGGCCAAAGUACUUGUAAAACGAAAUCGUUCUGGGAAUAUAAGAUUGCAGACUCACGGCCACGCUCGGUUUGUCAAUGAAUGCGAGGACGAAGCUGUUAAACUCGGGUUGAAGUAG